GCGGUUGAAUCCAAGCCAGUCUCCAAAUCGUGAACGUCCUAUGCUUCACACUCAAUCCCUCUCAUGCCGUGCCCCUCGUCGGUGCCUGCGUCGCUGUCCAUCGUACUCCGUCGUCCAACUGUUUGCUGCCACCGUAGCCUCUCAUCGCCGUCAUCCUCUGGAUGCAAACGCGUCAAAAAUUGAAGGUUCUGGUGUGAGAAAGAUCGACAAUUUCAAAGUGUAUAUGUGAAGGAACAGGAAGCAAAUCAGUUCUUGAACCACACAACUCUGUGAUUCUUGAAAUUCUUCGUCUGAAUCGAUGGGCAACGUUAUUGAAUCCUUUGCUUCAGGCAUCGGAAACGUUAUUGGCAAAAUCUUUGGCUCUCCAAUUGACUUCCUUUCUGGAAAGUCUUGCAGUUCAACUUGCGGACCCACAUGGGAUCUCAUGUGUUAUAUCGAACAUUUUUGUAUCGCCAAUGUGCUGAAGCUGGCCUUGAUAUUCGUUCUGGUUUACAUUGUUGCAUUAUUCAUUUACCUAUUAUAUAAUCUGGCCAAAUGUGCAUGCGUUGGGGUGACGAUUUGCAGAUCUAUAUGGGCAUGCCUGUCUUGUUGGUUCCACCUGUGGGAGCGAAUUUGCACUUUCUUGUGUGUCAAGUUAUGUAAUUUCAAAAGAAAAAGAUUCACCAAAGGGGAAAGGUAUUGCAAUACAAGUGAACAAGAUUACGAGGAAGUAAACCCUUCAUAUUAUGACCGUGGAUCAAAAGAAGUGAACAGAUCAUUUUCUCGUCGGAGAAGAAACUACAAAACCUCCCACUUGAGGAGCUCCUUAAAACCAAGAAACCGUCGUGCCCGACUUAGAAUCAGUGCCGAUGUUAGCCGUAAACAAGAGGAGAGGAAUCACAUAGGUGAGAAUCUGCAUGGUGGAUGUAGUAAUGCUGUUGUUAGACAUGGCAAUCAUCAUAGCAACACAGUUCAUGACCUGAAGGUGGUUCGUACAUUUAAGUUUGUGAAUAAAGGUUUGAAAUCUAAGAGGAGAGGAAUUCAAAGACACAAGAAGCACUGAGACUUUUCAAGAUCUUGAUGACUCUGUUUAAACUAACAAUCUUGGGCCGUGAACAUAUGUAUCUAGGUAUAUAUGAAUGCGAGGAAAUUCUCUGCUGCAUGGUGGCAUAAUUUUCCUCAAAAUUCAUUACACACGAGUGAAGAAUGACAAUUUAUAAGCCAUUAAUAGUAUAGUUUACUUUGGAUUCUAUCCAAUAGAUGGGAUAUAAAUUUUGUUAUAUUUGAUGCAUAGCAUAACAAAUAAACAAUGGGUUUUGCAUGGGCAAAAUAGUACUCAUUGUGUUUCUUCA